AUGACGAACGCUGAACGAAUCGCCCAACUUGAAAAGGAACUCGCAGACGCCAAGGCCGCCCUGGAAUCGAAAGCUACAACAAACGAGGUAGAAGUGAACACCGUGAGUAACAGCGGAAACCCGAAACUUCCCGUUUUCUGGCAACGGGACCCUCAGCUGUGGUUCGCGCAGGUGGAGGCGCAAUUCCACAGCCUCCGAAUAAGGACGGACAUUACGAAGUAUUUCACGGUCGUAGCGGCGUUGGACUCCAGCGUACUGCAACACGUCGCCGACGUCAUCGCAAAUCCCCCAGAGAGCAACAAAUACGACGCGAUAAAGCAAAAGCUUAUUCGGGCGUAUACGGACUCACAAGAACGCCAGGUACGGAAGCUACUCAAUGAACUGGAGCUUGGAGACAGGAAGCCCUCGCAAUUAUUACGGGAGAUGAAAACCCUCGCAGGUACCCAAAUGCAGGAUGACUUCCUCAAGACGUUAUGGCUGCAGCGGCUACCAGCUAACGUACAGUUAGUACUCUCGGGAACUACGGGGUUAACACUCGAAAACACUGCGGAGCUGGCAGACAAGAUGGUGGAAAUCCACAUCAGCAACGCGCCACACGCAGCAAUCGCCACCGUAACAAAGACUGCAGCGAAUACAAGGACGACGAACGCCACUGGAGACGAAAACACCACGCAGUGCACCACGCCUAUGGAAGCCAUGCAAAAGCAGAUCGCGACAUUGACGGCAACAGUAGAGCGCCUAGUUACCGACAGAGGACGCGGCUAUAAUACAAACAAAUAUGGCCGCUACGGACGUCACCGCUCGAACUCGAGAAGCCGGACACGUGUCAACGAGAAUAAGGGGUUAUGUUAUUACCAUGAGACAUUCGGCGAAAAAGCCCGGAAGUGCCACCAGCCCUGCAACUAUUCGGGAAACUAA